AUGUUUGGAGCUGAUAACUCAAUGGUUCAAGUCUAUGACCAAGGUUACGGUACUCCUGCUCCACAGCCAGACAUGUCGAUGGUUCCUCCAAUGAAUUAUCAUCAUUUUGAACAAGAUAUGAUGACAAAUCAACCGUUUGCUAUGGCUCCAGUUGAAAAUGGAAUGAUGUUUUAUGGUCAAGAUCAACAGCAGUUUCCACCUAUGCAAUACCAGAUGCAACCAAUGUUAGAUCAAGGAAUUCCACAGGAAUUCCAGCAGAACUAUCAACAAGAUAUGUAUCAACAAGUUCCAGAUCAGGUGCAAGUCAUGAACCAGGACUUUAAUUAUAUGGUUAACAACGAAGUUCUUGAUGAUGCCAACAAUGCAUACGAUUUCAACAAGGUUCCAGAACAGCAGCAGAACGAAAACUUCAACUUCGGAGAGGUUCCAGCACGUGCACCAAGAAGAAGAUGUUCGAAAAAAAAGGAGAAGAAAGUCUCGACAAUGCAUCUGAACACUUCUUGCUCCAACUGUGGAACUCGCGAAACCAAGCUAUGGAGAAGAAACGAAAGAGGAGAGCCAGAGUGCAAUCCAUGCAAUCUUUACGAACGUUUCAAAGGAGAGAAGAGACCACAACACUUGUGGAACAAGCCAACAAUCAAGAGAAGACGUCGUCCAGUUGCUCCAAUCGCCAACGAAGUCAAUGAAGAAUUCGGUAACUGA